GUCUCGCCCUCACCGCCAUCGCCAACCACCCCAAUGGAAGUAGCAAGCGACGUGUGCUUUGCUGGUCCACGUCUCUCUUUCCUUUCGUCCUAUUUCUCUCUCUGCCUUCGUGUCUUUCUUCAAUUCAAUUGAAGCUUUCGCAUCUUAAUUGACACUUCACUGAGAGCACAACAGCACUCACAGCUCACUCACUAGAUGGCAGGCUACCCCACCCCUCCACCAACCUCCUCUCCACCGUCGAAGAACGACACCUCCUACCGAGCUUCCGAGCGAAAAGUUCCAGCUCAAGAUAGUUAUUUCGAGGAAUCUUAUAACAGACCCGCCGAAGCGAAUGUCUCAGCGCAAGAUUCUUAUUAUCAGGAGUCGUACAGCACGCCCACUGCAACCGUAGAAACAAAGCUGCCAGCACAAGAAUCUUAUUACCGCGAACCAUACACGCCCGCCGAGUCUGCGAAGCCAAAGCUCCCAGCACAAGAAACCUACUUCCAUCAAUCGUACUCUACUCCUGCCAGUCCAAACCACUGGGACCCCUCCUCGAAACCCGUGCCUGCAAACAACAUAAACGCCGCCUCAACCGUCCACUUCGAUACUCUCCCUCCCCGCCGAAAAUCCUCUCCAAUCCAAUCCUACGGACCACAUCAAAAGCCAUACAAUGGCUCCUACGACCCCUUUCCUCGUCCAUCCUCCACAGGUGUCUCUCCAAAUACCUCCCCUAGCAAGUAUCCCUUCCCUCCACCACGAAGGUCCUCUCGAACACCGCCUCGACCCUUACACUCCUCCCCAUUGAACCCAAUACCAUCACCUUAUAGUGCAUCUCGCCCACAACCCCGCCCAGGUCUCCUGAAGCGGAUAACAGUGAAGAUAGAGCAAUGGAUCCGCUCAUUUAUGAAAUGGUCGUCUAAGAACCCGAUAAAAGCGGGCUUGUUGACGUUUAUACCAGCCCUUGCGGUGGCGGGGGUUGCAAGAGCUGCUGCUGGGAUUGGGAAACUGUUUGCUGGUGAGGCGGGAGGGUUAGGGCAAGCGGCGAGGUUGAAAGCGGCGGAGAAAAAGGCGAAGGAGUGGGGGUAUGGUCUUGAUGAGUUUGUAGGGUUUGCUGGGGCAAAGACGCCACACCCUAUGGGUGGGGUGUUGAAAACAGUGCAGAUGCUGGCGUAAGUUUCCUCCUCCCAUUCUAACUGUACCGUCCUGAACCACUUGAUGGGCGUGGACAGGAAUGAAGCAGCGGUAUGGAAACCUGGAAACUUCUGCUAACGCCCAAACAGGAACCAUUACUGCAAACUCACACCCUCGCCAAUCCCUCGACUGGUCAGUAUCCUCCUUGAACUCUACUUCCUCGACGUAGGGAAGUCAAAAAUCUAGGCUACCAUUCUCUAUAUAUUUAUAAAUACUGUACAAACCAGUCCACAUACAAAUACCGACAAACCAAUGUACCAAAUACCGAAUCAAUCACCUGGCAUAGCCAUCCUUGUAUAUCUCGCAACCAGUUUCUCUAUUUGUUUUAGCAUAUCUUGCAUCCGGUAGGGUUUUGUUGUCACGUCGUCCUGUCUCUUGUCA